AUAUAAUUAUAAUCUGCGAAAAAGGCUUGCCAAGAGGAAAGGAACUCCAAUGAGGCCGAAAAAAAUGUUGAAGGCGUAUAUUUUUGCACUGUUCAAUGAGAAUUCAAAGCCGGGUCAAUCAUCAGAGAAGAAUUUCGGACUCUUCAAAGCUGAUGGUAGUAUUUCUUAUGAUAUUGGUUUCUCUGGGCUGCAAGAUAUAUCAGCUGCAUCUUCUCUUUUCUCUUUGAAGGAAAUUAAAUCUCGAGCGUAUUAUUUGUCAGCGACAGCAAUCACAACUUCAAUGUCGGUUUUGCUAUCGAGGUUGUGACAACAUUUUUGAACUCAUCUUAUACUAAAUACCAGAUUAGCAUCUUGAAUAUUUCCUAGUAGAAACUGCUACAUCAACAACAUUAGGAAUGCAGUCAUAUAUCUUCAUCGCGAUCAUGAAGGUUGCUGAUUGUUUUUGAAUUUUUCAGCAAUGUACAUCAGUAUAUAUGAAAUAAAUUUAUUCUUGGUUUAUCA